UAAUAAACCGGAACUGGGUUUUAAAUUGCUAACUAUAAUCGGGUCCUGUAGCCAAGGCAGCUAUGUCAGCCAGUGAUGUUUGGGUUGGUUCCUGGAGGCCCCAUAAGCCAAGAGGACCUAUUGCUGCACUAUACAGCAGUCCAGGGCCCAAGUAUGCUCUCCCUGGAGCUACAGGUGUAAAUGAUCAUGACCCACGCAAAUGGAAAGCUCCUGCAUACAGUUUUGGCUCUCGCCAUCGACAUUUCAGCCCCAGCUGUUCUCCUGGACCUGGAUACCUUGUCCCCUCCAAUAUUACCAGAAUUGGGCAUGAUGGCACCCCAGCGUAUUCCCUGUACAGUCGGCUCAAAGACUCUCAGCCCUUCCAGACCCCUGCGCCAGGGAGGUAUUGCCCUGAGAAAGCAGGCAAAACGGCCUAUUAUUCUGCUCCUGCGUACUCGCUGUCAUCUCGGACCAAAGUGUUCUAUAAUGACCAAACGCCAGGGCCUGCCGCUUACAUGCUGCCCUCAUUGGUCGGGCCAAACACAGUGAAUAAAAGAUCUGCCCCAAACUUUUCCCUUACCGGCCGUACCAAAAAAGGCAGCUUCUAUGAAGACCUGCAAAAGACUCCAGGUCCGGGGAGCUACAGAGUUGUAGAUCCAAGUGUUUACAGAAGCAAACCUCCCCAGUACAGUUUGACUAGCCGCACCAGCAUGCCUGGUGACAAGACCAAGAAACCAGGGCCUGGUGCUCACUGUCCAGAGCAGGUGACCAUGACAAGACCGCAAGCCCCUCGCUUCUCCUUUGGUGUUCCGCACUCUGAGUUCAUCACCCAGCUGAUUGUGGACAUCUCUGAUUAG